GGCAGGCGAGGCGAUAUGGCCACCUUCGAGCUCUACAGGCGGUCCACCAUCGGCAUGUGCCUCACCGAGACGCUCCAUGAGAUGGUCUCCAGAGACACCUUCAGCCCCGAGCUCGCCAUCCAAGUGCUCGUCCAGUUCGACAAGUCUAUGAUGGAGGCGCUGGAAAACCAAGUGAAGAGCAAGGUUACUGUCAAGUUAUGA